AAAAUGAAUGAAUGAAUAAAAUGCAAUAUCCAUCAUACUGUUUUUUUUAUAUAUAUCAUUAUACCGUUUGUACCAUUAUACCUAGGCCCAAAAGCUGUGAAACCCUAAGUGGUUAAGGGUUUCAAAUCCAAAACUUUGCGGCUACCAUGACAUUGAAACCGUUAUAUAGCCCAAAUGAACCAAACCCAAACAAAGUAUGUACUGUAUUUGACAUUUUAGAGCGUGCAAAUGGAGUAGAAAAGCGAGGUAUACACUGAUGACAGUAAUCUUAACCACAACAGUGCCUGUGACUCACCACUAGGUGGCAGCAUUGGAACAUGUCAGUCUCCCACUGAUUUGUGGAGUUCUCAAAAUAGUAUGUUUACUUUAUGUAGGAACCCUGUAAACAGUAUUUGAAUUAAAUUAAAGUCAUCACUUGAAAAGCAACGUAUCUUUUUUUUAACAUUGCUUUUUUUUAAUAAGUGUCAGAUUGUUCUAUAAUAAUGUAUAGGAAACAUGUUGUCCAAAAUCUAGCCUUGAUGCUGGAAUUUAAAUGUGCUUAUAGUUAGCCCAAGUAGGAACUCACCAUGUUGUGUGUCUGCAGCUUUAAUGAUAAUGAGCCGUGACUUAGGCCACACUACUGUUGCAACUAGAGCUGGAAUGAUCCAAUCAAUCAGCAACUAUUUUGGUAAUUGAGUAAUAGUUUUUUUUAAUGAAAUAUUUCAGUAUGGGUUUUAAGUUUGCAUGUUUGAACUUUUUAUGAACUAUGAAUUUCUCACAUUUAUUUUCACAGGACACUUUCACAAAAGAUGUUUACAUUUAACAGGCUCGUGAAAAAAGUGAGUGUGUGAUGCUUCAACGUGCAAAAUAUCAAACUACUUGUAAAAAGGUUUGUCUCCGAGCUGUGAAUCAUGAGCUACCAUAUUAGCACGAGUACACUUUGCAGCUUCAAUGUCGGAAUAAGCUGUUUUUUUAUGACACUCUUAUUUUGUUACACAGGUAAACAGAUGCCUGGCCACCUCUUCUGGUUCUACCAAGAGGACAGACACCAAGGCGUUCCCAGCUAGGCCAACUUUGAAAGACACACCAGGACAAAAAGACACACACACAGAGGCUGGACGCACGCCGUUGUCCACGUGAGGACAUCCGCUGGUUUUGUGUGGCUUCUUCUGCCAUCAGGGAGAGAGAGAGAGAGAGGGGGUGAGAGAGCUACUUUUUCCAAGGAGUCUCUGAAAGCACCAUUCCCCAAGCAGACACAAACGGAAUCUGACAACACACGACUCCACGCGCUCCAAUGAGAAGACGUAGUGCCUCUCUGAUUAAAGUACCCUGACGAGACUCCGCACACAAACCACAAGGAACCAUGACCGCCAUCAACUCACCCAAAGACAAAUACAAGGCCGUGUGGAUCAUUUUUUUCAUCCUGGGCUUGGGAACCCUCCUACCGUGGAACUUCUUCAUGACGGCCACCAUGUACUUCACCAGCAGACUGAAGGACCCGCCUGCCGAGCCCUUCGCCAAUCAGACGGGCAACCAGACGGCAGAUGGCAGGGACACCCGUAACGUUUUGGAGUCCAAAUUCAACAACGUGAUGACGCUGUGCGCCAUGGUGCCCUUGCUCGUCUUCACCUGCCUCAAUUCCUUCAUCCACCAGAGGAUCCCUCAGAAGUUGCGCAUCUCGGGCAGCCUGACGGUCAUCCUGGUGGUGUUCCUGUUGACGGCCCUGCUGGUGAAGGUGUACGUGGCCCCGCUGCCCUUCUUCACGCUCACCAUGAUCAAGAUUGUCUUCAUCAACUCGUUCGGAGCCAUCCUCCAGGGCAGCCUCUUCGGCCUGGCGGGGAUUCUGCCCGCCUCCUACACCACUCCCAUCAUGAGCGGGCAGGGCUUAGCCGGCACCUUUGCUGCCUUCUCCAUGAUCUGCGCACUGGCCACUGGAUCGGACCUGCGGGACAGCGCCUUUGGCUACUUCAUCACAGCCUGCUUUGUUGUUCUCAUCGCCAUUAUUUCCUACCUCACUCUGCCCAGGAUGGAGUUCUUCCAGCACUACAUGGACAGCAGUAGAUCCAGACCGUCUGCGGACGAGGAGAACAAGAUGAUACUUCUCAAAAAAGACGAGAAGCAGGCAGCGGUGAGUCUGAUAGAGGACGACGGCAAACAUGGCAUGGCUGUGCUGAGAAUCUUCAAUAAGAUCUGGGUCAUGGCUUUGUCCGUGUGCUUUAUAUUCACCGUAACUAUCGGAACGUUCCCGGCGGUGACCGUCGAGGUCAAAUCGACGGUGGCGAAUGGAGGAGGAUGGGACACAUACUUCAUCCCUGUGUCUUGUUUCCUCCUCUUUAAUGUGAUGGACUGGGCUGGCAGGAGUCUGACGGCCUUUUGCAUGUGGCCCGGCAAGGACAGUAAGUGGCUUCCCGUCCUGGUGGCUCUGCGGGUGGUCUUUGUGCCGCUCUUCAUGCUUUGUAACGUGCAGCCUCGCCACUACCUCCCCGUGCUGUUUGCUCACGACGCCUGGUACAUGGUCUUCAUGAUCCUCUUCUCCUUCUCCAACGGAUACCUGGCCUCCCUCUGCAUGUGCUUUGGACCCAAGAAAGUAUCUCAGCAUGAGGCGGAGACGGCCGGCGCCAUCAUGGCCUUCUUCCUGUCGCUGGGCUUGGCACUCGGAGCCGCCUUCUCUUUUCUGUUCAGGGCCAUCAUCUAACACACGUCCUCCACCACCAAGACACGUUAGGAAAUGCACACGCUUUCAUGGGAGACAAGUGCCGUGAAUGAAGACUAGAGGCCACCUCAGCCUUCCAUAAGUUGACUUCUCCUCAUCGUGCCGUUAUCUCGGCAUCAGUAUAAGCUCAAUGCCUGUCUUUCUGACGGGUUAUUUCCCAGAAUGCAACCAAACGUGUUUUUAAUGAAUUAUCAGAAUUUGAUUACAUCUUACCGAAGAGUGGAUGUGAAGAUUGUAUCUAUCGGAGCCUCAGCUGGAACAAAACAUUUUUGGUCUUGACACAUUUUUCUUCUCAGGUUAGUCCUCCAUGUUAACGCCAAAAGACAUUUACAAGGCAGAGAUAUUUAAAAACAUUUUUUUUGCAUAACUGCUACUUCUUUACAAGGAAAAAAAGAAGUAAUAAUUUUAAAAGAAAACUAUGAGCAUAAAUGUAUACCUGCUUAGGUUUUUUGUGUGGCCAUGAUACUCCGUGUAAUGUACAAUGUUACUGAAUAGUGUGCAAAUGUAUGCAACAUGAAAUGUGCCGGUACCAUUUUCAAACGUUUUGUAUAUCUGUACAAAAAAGAAACUCCAGCUUA